AUGUUCACCAUCAGGCGGGACCUUUGCUCACUCAGCGGGCACUUUAUUGUGACGGACCAACAUGUCAGGAGAGGAGCCGCCUACUUCCUCAGGAGUUCUGCUCGGGUCCUGUUCAACUGUAAAAAUACCACAGUGCAUAAACCGAGGAAAUGGACAAAUGGUCUUUACACAAGUUUUGCGUCUUUGGCCGUCGGCGGUGGGCUGUGUGCUGUACCUUUCAAACAGGUUGAACAGCUCUCUCAUGACUCUCUGAUCAGACGAGCAGCGUCUCUGGUAACAGACAGUUCAACCACUUUUCUCUCACAGGCCACCUUAGCUCUCAUAGACGCCAUCGAUGAGUAUUCAAAAGCUGUGCACAUACUCAAUGCUCUGCAAAGAAAAUACCUGACAUCACUGGGAAAACAUUUCUUUAUCAUAAAAUAACAAUAUCAAUCAAGCCAGAGACGCAAUUAAAAAACAAAAACAUUUUAUAAUAUAACAUCAUGACAAUUUGUUAACCCAUACAAAUCUGAUCAGUGUUUCUUACGCAAACCACAGAGAGCUAAUCUUUUCAGGGCAUUAAAAAACAUUUCAUCCCUGAGGCCAUAAAUGAGAGGAGACAGACAUCUUGGAGCAAGAAUGAAAGUAAUGUAAUUAAAGAACCUGACCUUGAUAAAUAACAUGAGAUUGAU